AUGCGUUUUGGCAAAACGUUGAAGAAUUCCACCUAUCAGCCGUGGAAUGGGAAGUAUAUUGAUUACCACAAGCUGAAGGUGCUCUUGAAAGAGCAUGAUGUCACCGGAGAUGGGAGUGACUCGGAUAGCAGUCAAUGGACCGAACAGGACGAGGAAGCGUUCGUCCAGGAACUGAUCAACGUCCAGCUGGAUAAAGUCAAUGCUUUCCAAGUGGAGACCUCCCAGCAAUUGAGAGAGCGCACCACUGCCUGCGAACAGAAAUUGCGCCCAUUGGCUCCCGAUGCCGACCAUGGGACUUUGGUUGUCGAAGACGAGGUACAACGAAGGUCCGUCGCUUCUGAAGUCCUUCACGAACUGGACGGCAUUACGAGGGAAGUCAGCGAGCUGGAAAAAUAUAGCCGCAUAAACUUCACGGGUUUCCUCAAGGCUGCCAAAAAGCAUGAUCGCAAGCGCGGGGCACGAUACCGGGUUCGCCCCCUGCUGCAAGUGCGUCUUUCCCAGCUGCCCUUCAACUCGGAAGACUACUCUCCUCUAGUCCGUAGGUUGUCAGUAAUGUACUCGUUUGUUCGCGAGAUCCUCAGUCAAAAUCACUAUGAAACCAGAGACCAGGACGCACCCCGUUUCGGUCAAGAUUCAUAUUCCUCGUUCAAGUUCUGGGUCCAUCCGGAUAACGUCUUGGAGGUGAAAACCUACAUCCUUCGGCGACUCCCGGUCCUUAUCUACAACCCGGGAACGUCCAAGGAACCAGAGACCCUCCCGGAUGACCCCACGAUCACGUCUCUCUACUUUGACGAUCCGCAGUUCGAUCUCUACACCCAAAAAGUUGCCCGGGCGCCUGAAGCAGGCUCUUUGAGGCUGCGAUGGACGGGUAAUCUGAAGGACAAGCCUGCGAUCUUUUUGGAGAAAAAGGUGGUCACAGACGACGAUCGCAGCAGAGAGGUUAGAGUGCAGCUGAAGCAAAAACAUGUGAAAGAGUUCCUGGACGGCGAAUAUCGAUUCGACAAGAAAGUCCAUCGGAUGGAGGACCUGGGGAAUGGCGAAUCAAGAGAGGCCGAGGCAUUCAAAAAGGAUGUGGACGAGCUGCAAUCAUUCAUCAAGGAGUACAAAUUGCAACCGGUGCUUCGGGCCAACUAUACUCGGACCGCAUUUCAAAUCCCCGGUGACGAUCGAAUUCGCAUCUCUCUUGACAGCAACUUGGCGAUGAUCCGGGAAGAUAGCUUGGAUGACGAGCGUCCCUGCCGUGAGCGCGAUCAAUGGCAUCGCACUGAUAUCGACGAUGCAAGCAUGGAGUACCCCUUUAGCACCAUUCGAACGGGAGAAAUCGUUCGCUUCCCAUACGCAUUGCUGGAGAUCAAGUUAAGGGGGCCGACUGCGCACAAGGCAGAAUGGAUCAACGAUCUCAUGGUGUCUCACCUAGUGAAGGAGGCACCCCGUUUCUCCAAGUUCGUCCACGGGGUGGCCCAGCUCUUUGAGGACUAUGUCAAUAGUUUCCCGUUUUGGCUUGGUGAGAUGGAAAAUGACAUUCGGCGGGACCCUGAAACCGCAUUUCACGAGGAGCAAGAACGACUGGCCAGACGGGCUGAAGAGGACAUGGCCGUGGGGAGCUUUCUGGGGACCAGGACGAGUCCCUCCGUAAAGCCCCUGGUAGGAUCACCCGUCGCUCGGAUCACAGAGAUAGAAUCGUCAUCGCGACAGCGACAGCCAUCCCAGCUUGUGAUGCCAGCUCCGAGGGUACCCGCUCCGGAGGAACGCGAACAGCGACAGGAGCCCGAGUCCCCUACCCAGCGAGAUCAACGGCCAGCUGCAUUGUCCCGCCUCUCCUCACUUUUCCCGUCAUUCCCGUUCUCCCGUUUCAGUCGUGCACAACGCAUGGCGGUUGAUUUGCCGCCGGGGAUCCGAGAGCCAGGCAUUUGGAUCAAAGACGCUGGGCCCGUUCGUGUGGAGAGCAAGGUCUGGCUUGCUAACCAGCGGACGUUUAUCAAAUGGCUUCAUAUCAGCAUCCUCCUUUCCACAUUGUCCCUGGGGUUGUAUAACGCGGCGGGCAAACACAACGAUGUCGCGCGCGUUCUGUCCGUGGUGUACACUUUCUUUGCUAUCUUCUCCGCCGCGUGGGGAUGGUAUAUGUAUGAGAAACGAGCGCGACUGAUUCGACAGCGUAGUGGACAUGAUCUGGACAAUACUUUUGGGCCGAUUGUUGUGUGUAUUGGAUUGGCGGUGGCGCUCGUGUUGAAUUUUGCGUUUAAGUAUACAGCCACGCUUGAAAGGAUCCGGGGAGAACAGCCCCGUGAUGCUACUUUGCCACUGGUUCAACAGGGAGGACAGACACUGUAG